AUGAGUAAUAAGGAAGCACAUAGUCCUCUAGCUGCUAGAGUAACAGCAAAACUUAUGUGGAUCACUGGAAUUUGGGUAGCAAGUACGGAGAAGGAAGAAAAAAUUUUCGCUAUACUUCGAGAAAUAUUGGCGCUCAAUAUCUUUGCCAUGUCUUGGACGAUUAUAUACGAAAUUUACGUCUGUGACAGUAGCUUUUAUUCCAUCACGCAAGUUGCAAGUAACGCAAUGCCAGUAUUUGUAGUAACAAUAAAAACGUGGAGCCUUUUGCGUAAUCGUCAGAGAAUCUUGGCUUUAAUCAGAUUCACAGAGACUCACUUCUGGAAUGCGAGGCUCGACAAAAUUGACGCAGAUGAAGUUAAGGGAAUUGAUAAAGUGAACGUGUGUUGGAUAUUUGUACUUGUGUGUAAUACCCAAAUAUCGAACGCGUGUCUUAUGACGUAUUAUGCUCUAUAUGAUGACCUCGAGUUUGUUAAUCUGUAUGUCUGGUUACGAAUGUUUAGUGUGUCAGAAUUAUGGUUGAUAGUCCGAACCGUAGACGAACUGACCACUCAUAGCAAAGCGAUCGGCGAUGCGAUGUAUUCCUCGGAUUGGGGAGUGAUCUUUGGAAAAUUGGAGAAGAAAUUAAAAUUUGCCUUGACGACGAUGGUUAUCAGAUCGAUCGAGACGUGUUCUAUGAAAGCUGGCUUCUUUGCGGUCUCCAGUGAGACGUUUACAUCGACAUUAUCUGUGGUGCAUUCGGGAAUUUGUUUCUGUUGUUUCGACAAUUUCCUGUGUAUACUGAGCAUGCACGUCGGUGGACAGUUUAAGAUUUUACAAAACAAACUCCAAACAGUAUUGAGUGAGAAAUCUUCGAAAGAAAAAUCAGCUGGACUGUAUAAAGAGUUCAAGGAGUGCGUACAGUAUCAUCAUUUGCUUCUUUCGUACGUGGAAAAAUUGGAAUACGUAUUUUGUGUCCCGUUGAUGAUUCAAUUGCUGGUGUCUAGCAUAGUUCUGUGCGUCUCGGGGUUUCAACUAUCAUUGGUGAACGGUGUAUUGAUGAAACGAUUGUUGUUCCUAAAUUACUUUCUCGGUGGAGUGAUACAGAUAUUUUUAAUAACCCUAAAUUGCAACGACAUAAUGGAGCAAAGUGGCGCUAUAGGAACAGCGAUCUACAGUUGUAAUUGGGAGAGGAAUGUUUAUAAUCAUUUUUACCAGUUCAGAAAGGAUAUGAUGAUUGUAAUGGUACGAGCGAAACGUCCUUGCUACAUUUCAGCAGCGAAAUUCUUUCCAAUCUCCCUUGAAUCGUUCACGAAGGUGUUAAGUGCAACAGCAUCUUAUUAUACACUGCUGCGUACAAUGGAAAUGGACGUCAUAGAGCAAUGA